CCAGUGAAUCCGGUGUCAAGUUUUUAUUUGUGUUCGUAUUCGUGGAACGAUCGUCGGGAAUAACCUGUAACUGACAGAAAGGCCUGGCCUAUUAAGCAAAACAAAAACCAAAUAAAGGCAAAGAAAAACCCUAGCAAAAGCUCGUAUAAAAUGAUAACCUAAAACUAAAAUCUGUGCAAUCAAAAAACAAAGAAAGAAAAAUCUCUACAAAGCGACUGAUAUUGAAAAAACUUUAACCCAGAAAUUCAUACAAAGUUUGAUUGGCUUUGAAAAUAAACACACAAAAACUAUAUAAAUGUAAAUUGAUUUCAAAAAGCCCAAAGGCGCUAGAGCAAAAGCCGAUAUUCAACAAAAAUCGUAACGCAAACCACCGCAUAAAUUGCUUUAGAUUACGUAAAAAAAAAUAUAAAAAAAAACUCCAAACCAAAAACCAAAUCGCAAUCGCAUCAACAAAAUGACGCUUCGCAUAUCGGCCGAAUAUAAAAAUCAUCAAGGGCUCAUCAUUUCUAGCUUUGUGCUGCUCCUGACUUUGGCCACCUUGCCAGUUUCCCGAGCCGGACGGAUCUUUGACGUUACAAAUCUGGACUACGUUAAGGUGAAUGCUGAGGCGGGCAAGAACGUGACCAUUCCGUGCCCGGGGGUCAAUGAGCACUCGUUGGUGGACACCCUGGUGUGGAAAACAGCCUCAACGACCAUUGCACAGUUUGCUAACCGGAUACCCCUACUGCACAGUCCAAGGAUACAACUUUUAUCGGAUAACUUUGGACUGCAAUUUUCGCCCUCUUUGGCAAGUGAUACGGCGGAGUAUAUAUGUCUCGUGAACGAUCGUCAUAUACCAGAGGCCAUUGUCGAUUUGCUAGUUCAAGAUGUGCCCGAUCCGCCGGAGCGACCAUUGUUGAUAAGUUUCACAUCACGCUCGGUGAACUUAUCCUGGGCGCAUUCUCAGCACCCGCGGAAUGCGCCCGUCACGCAUUUUAUUAUUGAAACGCGAGAGGGCGAGGACGGGAUUUGGGAGCAGCUGGCCCGGAUCUACACCAAGACGAAUGCCACAUCAUAUCAGGUGACUGGACUUACGCCCUUCACCGUCUACAGCUUUCGCCUGUUGGCGGUCAACAAGCUGGGAAUCAGUCCCCCCUCCAAGGAGUCCUACUACAUUGUCACCCUGCGUGAGGCUCCCACGGGCAAGCCCAUUCCGACAACGGCCCACAACACAUCCUCCACCUCGGUUUACAUCUCCUGGAAGCCCCCGCCUCCGGACACCAUACUGGGUGAGUUCCUGGGCUAUCGAAUCACAUAUCGACCGCGCGAUCGGGACCCCAAUGAUACCAAGGAAAUCUACAUUCGGGAUAAUACAGUUGAGAGCCAUGAGAUACAGAAUCUGCAGACCUACACUCAGUACAAGGUGACCGUGCAGGUGUUCAACCCUGAGGGUCUGGGCCCGGAGACAACCAUCCUGGUGAUGACCGACGAAGGAGUGCCAAGCAAGCCGCAGAAUCUCACCGUACUCGAUGUUUCGGCGAACAGUAUUACCAUGUCCUGGCAUCCACCGAAAAAUCAGAACGGAGCCAUUGCCGGUUACCAUGUAUUCCACAUUCACGACAAUCAAACCGGAGUGGAAAUUGUAAAGAACUCUCGCAAUUCAGUGGAGACACUCAUUCAUUUUGAGUUGCAGAAUUUACGUCCCUACACCGACUACCGUGUGAUUGUGAAGGCCUUCACUACGAAGAACGAGGGAGAACCCUCCGACCAGAUUGCCCAGAGGACCGAUGUGGGUGGGCCCAGUGCUCCCGCCAUUGUGAAUCUCACCUGUCACUCACAAGAAUCGAUUACGAUCCGCUGGAGGAGGCCCUACGAAUUUUACAACACAAUCGACUUUUAUAUAAUCAAAACUCGGUUGGCAGGACAAGAUACGCAUCGAGAUAUAAGGAUUAAUGCCUCGGCCAAAGAACUGGAAACUGCGAUGAUUCUGCAAAAUCUAACCACCAACUCAUACUACGAGGUCAAAGUGGCAGCCGCAACAUUCAGUGUCAUAAAUCCAAAGAAAAUUGUGUUGGGAAAAUUUUCGGAGUCAAGGAUUAUACAACUGCAACCAAAUUGCGAGAAACUUCAACCUCUGCUGCGGCAGUCGCAUAAUGACUACAACCUGGCCGUCUUAGUGGGCAUAAUCUUCAGCUGUUUCGGCAUCAUUCUGAUCAUCAUGGCCUUCUUCCUGUGGAGCAGAAAGUGCUUCCACGCCGCCUACUACUACUUGGAUGACCCACCACAUCACCCGAAUGCCCCGCAAGUGGACUGGGAAGUGCCUGUCAAGAUUGGCGAUGAGAUCCGAGCUGCGGUUCCUGUGAAUGAGUUUGCCAAGCAUGUGGCCUCCCUGCACGCCGAUGGGGACAUCGGAUUCAGCCGGGAAUACGAGGCCAUCCAGAACGAAUGCAUCACCGAUGAUCUGCCCUGCGAACACUCCCAGCACCCAGAGAACAAGCGCAAGAAUCGUUACCUCAACAUCACAGCCUACGAUCACAGCCGCGUUCACUUGCACCCAACUCCUGGCCAGAAGAAGAACUUGGACUACAUCAAUGCCAACUUCAUCGACGGUUAUCAAAAGGCACACGCCUUCAUUGGCACCCAGGGCCCGUUGCCCGAUACCUUUGAUUGCUUCUGGCGAAUGAUUUGGGAGCAGAGAGUGGCCAUUAUCGUGAUGAUUACCAAUCUCGUGGAGCGAGGACGACGAAAGUGCGACAUGUACUGGCCCAAAGACGGAGUCGAAACCUAUGGAGUGAUUCAAGUCAAGCUAAUCGAGGAGGAGGUCAUGUCCACCUACACAGUUCGAACUCUUCAGAUCAAGCAUUUGAAGCUCAAGAAAAAGAAGCAAUGCAAUACCGAGAAACUCGUCUACCAAUAUCAUUACACCAACUGGCCGGAUCAUGGAACCCCAGAUCAUCCCCUGCCCGUAUUGAACUUCGUCAAGAAAUCCUCGGCUGCCAAUCCUGCUGAGGCCGGACCUAUAGUUGUGCACUGCAGCGCUGGCGUUGGUCGCACUGGCACCUACAUCGUUCUGGACGCAAUGCUGAAGCAAAUCCAACAAAAGAAUAUUGUAAACGUUUUCGGCUUCCUCCGUCACAUCCGGGCCCAGAGAAACUUCCUGGUUCAGACCGAGGAGCAGUACAUAUUCCUGCACGAUGCUUUGGUUGAGGCAAUCGCUUCCGGGGAAACAAAUCUGGUGGGUGAACAGGUGGAGGAGCUAAAGAAUUGUACACCGUACUUGGAGCAGCAGUACAAGAACAUCAUCCAGUUCCAACCAAAGGACAUACACAUUGCCUCAGCCAUGAAACAAGUCAACUCGAUCAAGAAUCGCGGUGCUAUUUUCCCAAUCGAAGGCAGUCGAGUGCACUUGACUCCCAAGCCAGGCGAGGACGGCAGUGAUUAUAUCAAUGCCUCCUGGUUGCAUGGCUUCAGGAGGCUGAGGGAUUUCAUAGUGACCCAACAUCCGAUGACGCACACAAUAAAAGACUUUUGGCAAAUGGUCUGGGAUCACAAUGCACAGACCAUCGUGCUUCUAUCCUCUCUGGAUGACAUAAACUUCGCCCAAUUCUGGCCAGAUGAGGCUGCGCCCCUUGAGAGUGAUCAUUAUCGCGUGAAGUAUCUGAACAAGACGAACAAGAGCGACUAUGUCAGUCGCGACUUUGUCAUCCAGUCGAUACAGGAUGACUACGAGUUAACGGUCAAAAUGCUUCACUGUCCCAGCUGGCCGGAAAUGUCCAAUCCGAACAGCAUCUAUGAUUUCAUUGUGGAUGUGCACGAGCGCUGCAAUGACUAUCGUAAUGGACCAAUCGUCAUCGUUGAUAGAUACGGUGGCGCUCAGGCCUGCACCUUCUGUGCGAUCUCAUCGCUGGCCAUUGAAAUGGAGUACUGCAGCACGGCCAAUGUGUACCAGUACGCCAAACUGUAUCAUAACAAACGGCCAGGAGUUUGGACCUCCAGCGAAGACAUCCGUGUCAUCUACAAUAUACUUUCAUUUUUGCCUGGCAAUUUGAACCUGCUGAAGCGCACGGCGCUUCGGACUGAAUUCGAGGAUGUGACAACGGCCACGCCGGAUCUCUAUAGCAAAAUAUGCAGCAAUGGUAAUGUUCCUCAGCAUAUCAUACUCCUCCAGCAGCAACAACAUCAACAACAACAGCAACAGUUGCAGCUGCAGCUGCAACAGCAGCAACAGCAGCAGCAGCAGCUACAACAACAACAACAGACAACACCUACUACUCGUAGCAUAAGUGAACUCAAUGAGACAGUCAGCCCACCUACAACCGAUACUAAUUCAAGCCUAUUACCCAUUCUAUCAUUGUUACCGCCCACAGUUGUUCCACUUUCCAAUUCAUCCACACCACCACCAUCACCACCAUCCCCACAAACCAUCCAAUUGAUAUCGCCAUCCGAACUGUCUACUCCCCCUGUCACAACAUCAACAGCAAUUGCACAGGCCACUGCUACAGGCGCGACAUCAGCAACUGCAACACCAACGACACCAACAAAUAUCACAACAACACUACAACCACCAUCACAACAACUCGCAUCCCCGAACAGUUUAACCCAUACUAAUGCCAAUUUCCAUACUGUUACUAAUCCUGCUGCUGAAUUGAUGGAACUGAACUAUGAACAACAACAACACCAACAACAACAAAUGCUGGCUCUGAUUCAACAACAAACGCAACUUCAACAACAAUACAAUACGCACCAUCACAACGUUGGUGAAACUCUGGAAAACGCCGGAAAUCACAACAAUUCAUUACCGGAAAUAACCACAACCGUGCCGGAUGUUCCAACAACUCCUUCACCAACGAUGAACAACAAUAAUAACAACACGAAUAAUAACGCAAUCACAAGUACAGCAGCGACAGAUGCUCAAAACUUAGAUAUUGUAGGCUAAACUAAAGAUAAAUUUACAGAGGGAAAUUAAAUCAUUUUAUAAAUGUUUAAUAUAAAUAUUUAAAUUUAAACUAUACAAUUACGUAUACAUAGCGAUGUAUUUAUUAACGUUUAAGUCGUUUAAGUGAGAACAUAGCGUUUAGCGCAUUGUCCAUAAAUUAUUCAUACGUAAUGUAA